CACCACCAUCGCCACACGUAAACACAAUAUUGCCAACACUCACCAAAUGACAAAGUAAAGGACUAGUGAGGCUUGCCCUAGACACGCCCCUUGUGCCAGAACCCUCCUGUGCCUUCACCCUUGCCUUUAAUCCUUCCAGGGCACUACAGGCAUAUAAUUCUUGUAUAGAGCUUGACAAUUAAAAGAGAUGGGAUACUCUGCGAAGUGACAGGUGCGGCAGCCAGCUCGACCCCCCCUCUCUCUCUCUCUCUCUCUCUCUCUCACCUGUCCUCACCUUGCCACUUGUUAUAUGGCAUUUCCCGGCUGACGUGGGCGGUGUAUAGUGGCAGGCGUUGUGUGUGCGUGGCGGUGUGGCAGUGUGGCAGUGUGGCAGUGUGAGGGUGUGAGGGCAGUGUUGGCGGCACCAUGGGUCUGAGGCGGCUAUGGGUGCGGCACCAGGGCAAGCUGCUGGCACUGGGGCUGCUGGCACUACUCAUCAUCCUGGCCACAUCCCCCACACCUCUCAGGGACAUGGUCAAGAGGGAGGAGGGAGUGGUGGUGGUUGCAGGAGAGAGGAAGAAGGAUUACCAUGAUCAAAAAUACCUGCAGUUGGAGAGCAGACAGAAGGGUCCAGGGGAGAUGGGUGUGGCUGCCAACCUCCCUGCCGGCCUGGACAAGGAGAAGGAUAACCUGUAUAAAGUUAAUGGGUUUAAUGCCAGGCUGUCGGAUAACAUCGCACUCAACCGUUCCCUCAAAGACAUCCGACAUCCAAAGUGCAAGGAGAAGCUGUACCUGGCAGACCUCCCCACAGCAGCGGUUGUGGUCCCUUUCCACAACGAGCACUGGACCACUCUCCUCCGAACGGCUGUCUCCGCCUACAACCGCUCACCAAAGCAUUUGUUGAAGGAGAUUAUUCUGGUGGAUGAUGCUAGUACCAAAGACUUCCUAGGGCGGCAGCUGGAUGAGUACCUGGCGUCACACCUCCCCAUAGCGCGGGUGGUGCGGCUGCCGGAGCGGUGGGGUCUCAUCCGUGCCAGGCUGGAGGGGGCCAAGCACGCCACCGCUGAUGUCCUCAUCUUCCUCGACUCACACACCGAGUGCACCACAAACUGGCUGCCUCCUCUCCUGGGUAUGGUGUGUCGGGACUACAAGACGGCAGUGUGUCCGUUCAUCGACGUGAUAGACUUUGAGACGUUUGAGUACCGGGCACAGGACGAGGGGCGGCGAGGGGCGUUUGACUGGGAGUUUUAUUACAAGCGACUCCCGGUGCUGGCUGAGGACGAGAAGAACAUGCCGGAGCCCUUCAAGAGCCCAGUGAUGGCAGGGGGACUAUUUGCAAUCUCCUCCAAGUUCUUCUGGGAGCUUGGUGGCUAUGACCCUGGCCUGGACAUCUGGGGCGGGGAACAGUAUGAGUUGUCCUUCAAGAUCUGGCAGUGUCACGGAACAAUGCUGGACGCCCCUUGCUCCAGGAUUGGCCAUAUUUACAGGAAGUUUGCUCCUUUCCCUAAUCCACGCAAGGGAAACUUCAUUGCCAGGAAUUACCGCAGGGUGGCCGAGGUGUGGAUGGAUGAAUACAAACAAUACCUUUACAUGCGGCAACCUGGCUGGCUCAAGGUGGGCACAGGGGACUUGAGCGACCAGUUGGCAGUCAGGGAGAGGAACAAGUGUAAGUCUUUCAAGUGGUUCAUGGAGAAUAUUGCCUUUGAUUUGACCAAGCACUACCCACUGGUGGAGCCCCCUGACUACUGCAACGGCACGAUCCAGAGUGUGGCCAACCCUGAGCUGUGUGUGGACUCCAAGCUGAAGGGACAGUUUGACCGGCUGGACUCACUGGGGAACUGUGGCCGUGGAUCUCAAUUUAUAUUCCAGCUCACUGCUUACAAGGACCUGCGACCCCACAAGAGCCACAACUGCUUUGACGUGCCGGACCUGAAGGCAGAGAGGGCCCCGGUGCUGCUGUUUGGCUGUCAUAAGGGCCUCGGGAACCAGAUGUGGAAAUAUGAUGUAGACAAGCAGAUGAUCAGGUUUGGGCACUACGGCACGCACUGUUUGGACGCCAGCAUAGGGAACAAGGAGGUGUACGUGGCUCUCUGUGACUCAACCUCCCUCACGCAGAAGUGGAAGUGGACCUACGUCAAUCAAGAGAGGGUCAGAUACUACGACACGCUGGAUCCUAAGCCCUAAUGUGUGUGUGUGUGUGUGUGUGUGUGUGUGUAAGGGAGGGAAAUACUGAGGGGAAAAGGGAGGAAUAAAGAGGAAAAUGGGAAAAGUAAAAGGUUGUGUGUGUGUAUGUGUGUGUGUGUGUGUGUGUGUGUUGGGUAAAUAUUUAGAGUGCGGACCAUGUGUUCAUUUAUUUAGGGAAGGAGAGAGUGAGAGGGAGAGAUUUAUCAUAGUUUAUGCUCUCUAGUAUAAUAUAUUUUUUUGUUAAAGCAAGAGAGAGAGAGAGAGAGAUAUUAUACAUUAUUUUAUAUGCUCUCUAUAGUAUAUGUAUAUUUUUUGGUGAGAGAGAGAGAGAGUGAAAUAGUUGCACAUACAUAUUUUACAGUGUAUAGAUGUAUAUUUAUUGUAAAGGUGUGUCCACACAAUGGGUCAGUGUCCCACAGACAAACACUGUUACCAAUUCACUAUGGGAAGUGGAAAGACUCGCUGGUGACAUCAGAAGUGUGCACCAAGAUGUGUGCCGGACACUGCCUGUGUUUGUAGCGUUGGCACUGUAGAUAGUGUGUGUGUGUGUGUGUGUGUGUGUGAGGCGAUGCUGGUCCAAGCCACACCAAGGGCAGACCAACGGUGCCUCUAGAUGUGCCUCAGGUGAAAUGGUCUCAUCCAGGUGUCCUGCUUCGUUAUAAGACGCUUUACUUCCUGCAAUAAGUCAUAAAAGUAUUGGGGUUGAUCUGCAUACAGUUUGUGAAUCCACAGUUCAUGUAGGGUGGCUGCCUGGCUUCCCCUUCCACCUCGUGUGUACAAGCAGUUGUUGCAGCAUUCCCUUCCUGUCACCUUGUCCUCACAGCACACCAGUCAUCCUGCUGCACACUGCAAUUUCCUUGGUUGUGUUUUUAAUUUUCCUGUGCACCGUGGUAGUGACGGACCGCACCAGACGUCACCAACUACCACCUGUCACCAAGUCCACACACUGACUUGGACCCAUGUGUGUGUUGCCAGUGGACAUCACCUUCCAACACUGUGUGCCGGUCUUUGCCUUGUGAGCAGAGUCAAAACAGUGAUAUUCUGUCCCAUGUGGCACCACUGUUCAUCUUUGCCUUGUGAGCAGUCAAAAUAGUGAUAUCACAGCCCCAUCUAGCACCAGUGUAUGCCUUGUGAGCAGAGUCAAAACAGUGGCAUUCAGUCCCAUCUGGCACCAGUGUAUGCCUUGUGAGCAGAGUCAAAACAGUGGCAUUCAGUCCCAUCUGGCACCAGUCUUUGCCUUGUGAGCAGAGUCAAAACAGUGAUACACAACCCCAUCUGGCACCACUGUUCGUCUUUGCCUUGUGAGCAGUGAAAACAGUGGCAUUCUGUUCCAACUGGCACCACUGUUUGUUGUCAGAUCUACCUCCAUCAUCUCAACACUCAUAAGGUCACCCUGCUUCCCCUGUGAAGUGGUAACAGUGUUUGUACAUCCGAUAUACAGCCCUGUUCCGAAACGCUUUGCACUCUCAUGACAACUAAUUCAAAAAGCUCUAAUUGAAGAUACUCAUGUUUUUAAGGGUAUUUAUAUGGUUUUGGUGAUGGAUAAGCAACAUUUCUAAUUGAUCAUAAGAGGAACUGUCUUGAAAACUCAACUGUUGUCUAAAUGGGACUUGAAAAAUUUGUCGAGUGGAAAAGACAAGGCAUUUCUGGAUAUAGCCAAUGCUUUGACCACGUGGACACACCUUAACCCCUUCAGUACUGGGAUGCAUUUUUACCAUGAGCUUUGGGUGUGGUUAGACAAUUUUUUUUAUAUUAAGAAGGGUCUAUGGAGGUUGAAAGAUUAAUGGCCAGAGUCUUCACUAUUUUAAUCCCACACACAAGUUUCUGAAGCUGUGUAAAAUCAAAUAGU